UAACUCUACUAUUGCUGUUUUUAACAACAGGAAAAAGUGGGGAGAAAAUCUUAAAUCGAAAGGAAUGAUGAUGUCAAGGUGGGAUCGGCAACAACGGCAGCUCCGACUCCAAAGGCACGGCCUCACUUCUCGGAAUCUGGGCCUGAAAGGAGGCUUAAGAAGGUUCAUUUCCAGAAGAAAAGUCUUCCGAUUUCUUUUCAUCAGCCUCGCCAUCAUCACCAUCCUUCCCCCUCUUUACUUCCAUUUCAAACUCCGUCGAUUUUAUCAGAUACAAUUGCGGAAGUGCGGUUGGAUCAGAAAUCCUCCUCUAGUAUGUGCUCAUGGAGGUGACUCUUCCAAGGCCUUUCCCAACACUAUGGAUGCAUAUCAUAUUGCUCUUGGUGCUCAAGCAGAUUGUAUAGAGAUCGAUGUGUCUCGUUCUUCUGAUGGAGUGUUAUUUGCUCUUCACGACAGGGAUUUGCAGCGAUUAUCUGGGAACAGUACUUCCAAGGUCGGACUCUUGAGCAUGAAAGAGAUUACAAAACUGGAUUCCAAUCAUCAGCGCCCAUUGCAGUUUCGUAAUGUAAAUAUUUCUACUAUUGAAGAUGCUUUGAAGUUGGUAUCUGGCUCUGUUCGACGGGUGAUUCUGGACGCUAAAGUUGGGCCUCCUCUGUAUGAAAAAGGACUCGCAAAAGAUAUUCUUUCUGUUGUUGAAAAAACCAAAUGUAAGAACUGUCUUAUAUGGGCCAAAAGUGACAGUCUAGCAAGGGAUGUAAUAAAAUUGUCGAAUGAUGUUAUGGUAGGCUACAUUGUGAUGAUUGAUCCCACAACAGGAACUAGAACGAAUUUAUUGAGGAUGAGAAGUGCUGGGGUUGUUGGUGUUUACCACCCUUUGAUUGAUGAAAAACUUGUGAAAAUCCUCCACAGGAGAAAUAAGAAGGUUUAUGCCUGGACUGUUGAUGAAGAGGACGCCAUGCAGAAAAUGUUGUUCGAGCAUGUGGAUGCUGUUGUUACGAGUAAUCCCACUUUGUUGCAGCGUUUAAUGCAAGACCUGAGAACACAAUGUCUUGAGGAAGGUUUUUCAAUGUAAGAUGUUCAAGAUAUAUAGACUAAAUAUUAGUUGCUGAAGAUAUAAAAGGGGCAUUUAUUGAAUCUGGAUACGCAUUCAAAAUAUUUCCAGGUAUUUUCCUACCUUGCUAGAAAGGAAAAUCUAGGGGAAGGGUUUUUGUGAAGGAGAUAAUUGGUUUCCGUGUUGUCUAUGAAAUUUUUUUCCUCCUGAAUUCUAUCAUUCUUAAAAUGUAAUUUGCAUAAUAACAUAAAGGAUUGCCUUUUUCCUUGAUCAAAACAUCAUUAAAGU